AUUUAAUGGACAAACAGACAUAGUGACAUUUCGAAUCAUUUACGCGUGGGCAAUCUCUGCUCUGGCAAGAUGAUGGCAACUCAAAUCACGUGACCUAUACUUCCGUGUCUAUUUUUAGCUGUCUCUCAAGAAGGACACGUUGAGAAUGUAAAACUAGACAUGCAGGCGCUAAAUGAGAACAUUUGACGCACAUUUGAAGAUUUUAGUAGAUGCCUAUGAUUUGUCAACAAACCUGUCCAAGAAAUGGCAUCAUAUCUUAGAAAGGCGAAUAUAAUAGAGGGAAUAGGAAAUGAAGUUGUCUAUGGUCUUGGAGCAUUCCUGGGAAUAUUGGUACCAAUGAUAGCAUUUGUGUUAAAAAGGCAGCAAAAUCGGAAUCAGACCAUUCACCCGGAGAGUGCAGCCAAUGUAGAAUCAACACGAACACGUCUUCGCAACGAGGCCGGCACCGCAGACAGACCAUCGAGAGCCAGACGGGACAAUAACGGCCAACUCACAUGUCCGAUAUGUUUGGCCGAUGCUGCUUUUGCAAUAGAAACAAACUGUGGCCAUGUUUUCUGUGGCCACUGUGUGAUCACCUACUGGCAGCAUGGUCAGUGGCUGGGGGCUGUCCGCUGCCCUGUGUGCAGACAACAGAUCACUCUCCUCCUGCGUAACUUCACUGAGGGGGAAAACAUCGACGACAGUGCAGAACGAAGAGUUAUUUUAGACCAGAUUAGCAACUACAACAGGCGAUUCUCAGGGGAACCCAGGCCAAUCACCGACUAUAUCCGAGACCUGCCUGUCCUACUGCGACACGCAUAUACAGAGUUCUUCUCAGUGGGAGGGCUCAUUUGGAUGUUCCGACUGCGUGUGAUAGUGUGUUUCUUUGCAGCCUUGUUAUACUUCAUCUCCCCGUUAGACAUCAUUCCGGAAGCUGUGUUCGGAUUGCUGGGAUUCCUGGACGAUCUGUUCAUUAUUCUGCUCCUCGCAAUAUAUAUUACUAUAAUAUACAGACAAGUUGUCCAGGCCAGGUCGCAGAGGACCGUCCCCUCAGCGCCACCUCCUGAAGGUCAAGGACAGACGCUAGGUCAAAGUUGAAGAGUUUUGUGAAUGUUUUUGAAAGUGCAUACUGCUUUGUUUUGAAGAGAUACCCGGUGUGUCAUCUCUUUUGUUAAAACAGCAAAAGUGAUGUGUGUUUUUAUGACCAUUUUUCAAGGUCUGAGCUUUUUUAGGGCCAUGAAAAUAUUAGGCUAGGAUAUGGACUCUCUUAACCAAUAUUUAUUGCUCUGUGCAGCGCUGUAACUGUCAGAAGACUUCAAAUGGACACCCAUUCUAGAUCUGUUGUACCCUAAGCAUAUCACAAAAGACAGUUCUUGUGGAAAGUGUUAAGAUGGCUCAGGGAAGUAGGAUUUAGACCUAUGAAUCUAGAUCAUAGCAAGGUUGCAAUUGCAUGGCACCGUACUGCCAUGGACCAAACACCCUCUCUCACCAACUUUAUUGCACUAAUACAACACACAGUUUAUAAUUGACUAAAGUGGAGAUUGGGUGUUCACAAUGACUGCUGUGCAUGAAUAGUUCGUAGAGGGUGACCGUCGUUGGAGACCAACUCACUCACAACUGAUCCAUGCUCACAUUAUUGACUUUUGUUUGCCUGGAUGAGCUUCAGAGACUAAGCAUGGCCAUGAUAUAUCUAUUGUAUUACUGCCUGCAUUAUUAAACCUCAAUUACCUUGCUUUUCAGUCAGAAAUAUUGUUUCUUGUAACAUUUAAAAUGCCUCACAGAAGUGCAUGUUUUAGGUUCUUUAUGAGCAGGUAUGAAUGUCCAUGGUGAAGUUACUUCACAAGCAGAAUACUGAACUUACAUUCUUUUCAAUCAAAAGUCACAGACUUUGUGCUUGCAGUACCAUAUUAAAGCUUAUUGUGGUAUAUAUUUUACACAUGAACAUUAAUUCUUUGUUGUAUUAUUGUAUUCAAUAAGAUACCUGUAUGUGUCAUAGUUUUUCAUGGAUGUCAACUGAUCUGUUUUAACUGUUCUGAGUAUUUCGAUUAAUCAUUAAUUUAAGGUUUUAAUUACAUUGCGCAAAUGUAUACUUUAUAUAGGGACAUAUACAGGAAAACCAAUCAGUCUGUUGGCAUUCUUGAAAAGAGCAUCUUUGUGAGGUAUGUUUACAACAAAUGAAUAGAAUAUAAUUAUAUUGAAAGAAACAUGUCCUUAUUUCCAUGUGGCUGUAUGAUGGGCAGAGUUACUUCCCCUAGGCAUGCUCGUAUCCUGUUAUCAUGGGUUCGAAUCCCGGAUUUGCACCUGAAUGCGAUCCUUAGUUUUUCAGCACUAUAUCAAAAUCUUAGACAAGGUUUCCUCCAGCUGCCAACGCAUUAUAUUACUGAUAUGUGACUGAAAGCACAGUUAAACCCAACUCACUCACUCACCUAUAUGAUAGAUCCGUCUGGGAAGUGGGCCCACGAGAAGACAUCCAGAUCAAGAUGUCAGAGGGAGUAUUUCCCAAUUGUCUGUUUUGCAAAGUUUAUUUUAACAUUUGAAAUAUUUCGCUACAGCGUGUUAUCCUUAUAUAUAACAUUUAUAUAUUAUCGAUCAAACUAUUUAGGGUCAAGUUAUUUAUAUUGCACUGUAUAAAGUAAGCAUCUGUUUUCUCACAUGCAGCAAGCUUCCCUGGUUGUUUGCCCCAAUUAUCUUCGCAACCUCUACAUCUCUAGUUCGGCACAGAUGGCCCAGUUGUCUAAAGCUGUGUCACAGUAGAAGUGUUCCUGCCUGCUGUUAGAAUGCUCUACACAUAGAUAGCCUGUUCCUGUGCAAAGUUGGGUUCCUUAGGCUUCCCAGAAUCCUUUGAUUGUUGGUUCAAAUUCCAGAUUUCCCCUGAUGUUUCUAGGUUGUUCAGCACCAUACCUGUGCAUGGGUUCCUCCUAUGUCAAUCUGACACGCCAUGAUAAAACUGAAAUACUGUUUAACUCGGGCAUGGGUGGCCCAGUCAUCCCAGCAAUUCGCUGUGCAGAGUUGCGUCCCUUCGGUCCCUCCCACAUUAAGCUGACACACUGAUAUAACUGGAAUACUGUUCAGAGCAGUGUAGAACCCCACUAACUCUCUUAUUGAACCAAACUCUCUUACUCUCUAUUGACUGAGGGUGGCCUGCACACUGAUCCUUCCUUUGUCAACUUAAGUGGGGUAAUUUUUUAUGAAACUAUCAAUGCGUCCCAAGUGUCCAUGUCCCCACAGUAAUAGGUCAAUAACAAGUUAAAGAGUAACUUGUUAACACCAGGGGUAGAAUAGGUCUUCAUGGGAUCGGGUGGUCAGGCUCGCUGAUUUUGUUGAUGCAUGUCAUCUUUUCCAAAAUUUGUGUGGAUUGUUGCUCUUGAUGUCAAUCACUAAGUUGUGUCCCCUAGGUAUGCCAGGAGCCAAUGACCGUGUGUUCAAAUCCCCGAUACUCCCUCAUUAUGUUUCUCGGUUUGUCAGCACCACAAAUGUGUUCAUGGAUUCACUGAAGGAAACAUCUUUAACCUGAAUCACAUCACGAUUCCUCCCAUGUCAACCUGACACAGCUGGAUAACUGAAAUAAUCAAAAAUGUCUAAGACCUGCAUCCACAUGGCAAUAGUUUCAGCCAUGCCAUGAAGAUGUACUUCCAGAUGCUGUCCAUCCACCCUCCAGCUCCCCCUACUUAUGUUAACAAGUUUAUCUGAUUCUCAUCCCAGCUCAACUCUCUGUGUCUUUCUUGCUGUGACAGGUGCUUUUGAAUAUUCUGUCAUUAUUCAUGAAAUAACUGAUUGCCAUUAAACUUGUAUAUUUAUUAG